ACGCUAUAGCAUCAGUGCCGACAUAACCUAAUCCAAUAUUAUUUUUCUUUAUCAAGUAUAAAUAUUUAUUUUCGUACUCGUCAUUGUCCGGAUAUUGUAAAGAAUGUCAAUUGAAAUCGAAUCUGCUGAUGUCAUUCGUCUGAUACAACAGUAUCUGAAAGAAUCAAAUCUCGUGAAAACGUUACAAACGUUACAGGAAGAAACAGGGGUAUCGUUGAAUACGGUGGACAGCGUAGAUGGGUUUGUAGCGGAUAUAAAUAAUGGACAUUGGGAUACAGUAUUAAAAGCGAUACAGUCGUUAAAAUUGCCUGAUAAAAAGCUGAUCGAUUUGUACGAGCAGGUUGUUUUGGAAUUAAUUGAGUUAAGGGAAUUAGGUGCAGCUCGAUCGUUAUUGCGACAAACGGAUCCGAUGAUAAUGAUGAAGCAACAAGAACCUGAAAGAUAUAUUCACUUAGAAAAUUUACUCGCGCGUUCGUAUUUUGACCCGCGCGAAGCAUAUCCAGAUGGAAGCACGAAAGAAAAACGAAGAGCUUAUAUAGCUACUGCUCUUGCCGGCGAGGUGUCGGUGGUACCUUCGAGUAGGCUACUUGCGCUAUUAGGGCAAGCGUUAAAAUGGCAACAACAUCAAGGUUUACUUCCACCUGGCACUACGAUAGAUUUGUUCAGAGGAAAAGCGGCUGUGCGUGACCAAGAAGACGAGAAAUAUCCCACGCAACUUUCCAAACAAAUUAAAUUUGGACAGAAAUCUCACGUAGAGUGUGCACGUUUCUCACCGGAUGGCCAAUAUCUAGUUACCGGUUCCGUAGACGGGUUUAUCGAAGUCUGGAAUUUUACAACCGGUAAAAUCAGAAAAGAUCUAAAGUACCAAGCUCAAGAUAAUUUUAUGAUGAUGGAACAAGCAGUAUUAUCGAUGGCUUUUAGUCGUGACAGUGAAAUGUUAGCGGGCGGCGGCCAGGAUGGAAAAAUAAAAGUAUGGAGGGUACAAAGUGGACAAUGCCUAAGAAGAUUCGAGAAGGCGCAUUCGAAAGGCGUUACGUGUCUUCAAUUUAGCAGAGAUAAUAGCCAAAUUCUAUCGACGUCGUUCGAUACCACCAUACGUAUACACGGACUUAAAUCUGGGAAAACGUUGAAAGAAUUUCGAGGACACGCUUCUUUCGUGAACGAGGUAGUUUUCGCACCGGACGGACAUAAUAUAAUAAGCGCGUCGUCGGACGGAACCGUGAAAAUUUGGAGUCUAAAAACAACGGAAUGCAUAGGCACGUAUAAAUCUUUAGGGGCCGCCGAUUUAACCGUAAAUAGCAUACACCUGUUGCCUCGUAACCCGGAACAUUUCGUCGUGUGCAAUCGUUCGAACACGGUGGUUAUUAUGAAUAUGCAAGGACAAAUUGUAAGAUCGUUUUCUAGCGGUAAACGAGAGGGUGGUGACUUUGUGUGCACGGUGGUGAGUCCGCGCGGUGAAUUUAUUUAUUGCGUUGGCGAAGAUCUCGUACUAUAUUGCUUCUCUACGUCAUCUGGCAAACUCGAAAGAACCCUAAACAUACACGAAAAAGAUGUAAUAGGUUUGACGCAUCAUCCUCACCAGAACCUUUUGUGCUCUUAUAGCGAGGAUGGUCUUUUAAAAUUGUGGAAACCAUAAAACCGUCGAGGAAUAUAUAAAAAUUUGAAAUGAUUUGCCGAACAUGUAAAUAAUGUUUAUUUUUUAAUACAAUUCUUGUAUGGUCUGUGUUUAAUCGUUUCCGAUCGUAAAUGAUAUUUUUUCCA